AUGCGCUCAGCUGUCAAGUUUGGCAAUCUCGUCAUGACUGGUGGGGACAUUUGUAGCGAGUCUGGUGGUGAUGAGAGUGGGCUAGAAGAAGCCUGCCGAAAAUCCGCUGUCACCAUGGCGGUGUUCUCCAGUCGGGUUGAGUUGCACGCAAGCCUUGUAACUAGAGGAGAACCUAGUUAUGGAGAAUCUCGAGCUGAUGAGGUGCUCGGCGCAGAACUGGUUGAGAUGGAGGUGGGAUCGGCUCAAUCUUGGCAUCCUCUGGUAGGUUCCUUGUUUUCCAUUCUGUUGAGCUCUGACGGUAAUAAGUCAACCGGUGACCAAGAAUCUACUGACGGGCACCGCUCAGCAACAGAGCUAUCACCAUUGAAUGCCAUCAUAUGCAACCACCAAGGAGCCAGUUUGACUGUAACCCUGCCAACUUUCCGGGUUCGACCACGGAAUACUCUUCAUGUCGACUGCCCUGCUAUCUCCUUCAGAAGAAGCAACGAAAGACGAACUCUGCCUAUAAUCUAUCUUGGGAUAAAGCGGUGA